GGAACUGUCAUCAUCACUACCACCUAACAAGCAACCCCAAACUCAACAAAAAAGAAGAAAAUAAAAGUAUAUAUUAUCAUCUGAGUUCCACUUUCAACAAUGGAACAACCCACACUUAGACCCUCAUGACUUUCGGGUCAUCAUUGAGCUUGCUGUAGUGAGGUGUUCAAUCUGAAAUUUCCUUAACCAAAUUCAUGGCGGAACUGAUAGGGCCUCGCUUGUACAGCUGCUCUAAUUGUAGGAACCAUGUCUCACUCCAUGAUGAUAUCAUUUCCAAGGCUUUUCAUGGAAGAAACGGCCGAGCCUUUCUGUUUUCCCAUGCAAUGAAUAUUGUCACAGGGCCAAAAGAAGACAGACAUCUCUUGACUGGCCUCCACACUGUUGCUGAUGUUUAUUGUGGUGAUUGCCGUGAAGUGUUGGGUUGGAAGUAUGAAAGAGCUUACGAAGCAUCCCAGAAGUACAAGGAAGGAAAGUUCAUACUUGAAAAGUCAAAAAUUGCUAAGGAGAACUGGUAGCAUUCCUUUCUGCUCCCCAUUCUAUUCAUGCUUUGUGAUUGUCAUCUUGUACAGGAAGUUCUUACCUUCAACCAUUUGAAAUUUGUCAUUGUUUCCCCUACUUCAUUGUAGUUCCUCAUGUUAUGACCAGAAGUGAAAUUGUAAGAGAAACUUUUUAUUCCCUGUUAAUGACAUUGUAUAUUCAUUUUUCUGGUCUACGAAUAUCAUGGUUAUCUAUGAAAAACAAUAUCAGGUCCAAAUUACCCAGCCCAUCCUACAAAUUUCAUUUUGGGAAGAUGAACUUUGCUGACAUGUAGAGUUUUCUUCUAGUGCCUUAUUACUCUCGGGUUGUGGCUUGAUAAAUAAAGUAGUAGAUCUUAUGAUUGAGUUUAA